UAACCAACUCUCCGAACCUCUCUCUCUCUCUCUCUCUCUCUAUCUAUCUCUUUCUCUCUCUCCGCUCCGUCUCGCUCACUCGCUCUCUCCGUUCGAUUCGGUGCCCUCCUCCUUUUGCACUCUCCUCUCUCUCUCUCUCUCUCUCUCAAUUCUCUAAGCUAAGAAGCAGGGGGAAAAAAGGCGCUGCCUGCAAAAUAGAGUAAAUUGAAUGAUAAUCCAUUGUUUGGGGGCAUCCUAGUUAAUUUGGUGCCUUUCUUCUUGUGGAUUCUUACUGAAAGUUGCCUCAAACAGUCCUAUGAAUUUGGUCUUGAAAUAUUUAGUGGAUAUUGUUUCUCAAGUACAUAAAAAUGACUAGGUAGCAAGUUUGUAAAUUGACUGAAAGGAAUACUAGCUCUUUCAAUAUUUAAGAUGCCAUCUUGGUGGGGAAAAUCUUCCUCCAAGGAUGUAAAGAAGAAAUCAAAGGAAAAUUUCAUUGAAACAUUGCAUCGAUUCAUAAGUUCAACUGAACAAAAGGGAAAUACAAAGUCGGGAGGGACUCGUAAACGUAGCAGCGACAUAACAUCAGCAAAGGGCUCUCAAUCUAGGGCAGAAUCACGUUCGACAUCACCCUCUAAAGAAGUUUCUCGCUGCCAAAGUUUUCAAGAUAGGCCGCAUGCACAUCCACUUCCUCUUCCUGUUCUUCGGUCUGGCAUUACAUGCACGUCCUCUGAGGUCAGCACAUCAAAGCUGACAGAAAAACGGGGCAAACCACAGCUGCGUUUACCACUUCCUACCCCCAAUUGCGUUAUAAGAAGGCCGGAAACCACUGCUAUCGAGGGAGAUUUGGCUACUGCUUCUGUUUCUAGUAAUUGCUCCGUUGAUAGCGAUGAUCGAGCAGAUUCUCAGCUUCCCAGCCCUGUAGGGAAUGAUAUAGAAAAUGGGAAUAGGGUUAUCACAAACAAUCAUUCCAGUACUGUGCUUAAAGAUCAGUCUAUGGUCACUACUCGGAAGAACUCAAGACAAAUUGCUAAGCCCCCCAUGAUUUGUCUUGGUAACCAAAAUUUAUCCACAUCACCCAAGAAGGGGAUCGAGAACUACCAACCCAAUUUACAGAAUCCUCGGCAGGGGGCUUUUGGAAGUGCGCCUGAUAGUUCGAUGUCUAGUCCUACUAGAAGUCCUCUAAGAAUAUGCCCUGAUCAGAUUCCAACCUCUGCUUUUUGGGCAGCAAAGCCUCACACUGAUGUCACUUUCCUUAGUUCUGGCCAGUGCUCUAGUCCAGGUUCAGGUCAGACGUCAGGACACAAUUCGGUCGGAGGAGACAUGCUGGGUCAGUUAUUCUGGCAGCCCAGCAGGGGUAGCCCAGAAUGUUCUCCGAUACCUAGCCCAAGAAUGACGAGUCCUGGCCCUAGUUCUAGAAUACACAGUGGACCUGUUUCUCCAUUGCAUCCGCGGGCCGGAGGGACAGCGCCCGAAUCACCUACAAGUCGCCAUGAUGAGGUGAAGAAGCAAUCCCAUAGACUGCCACUCCCGCCAAUAAGUGUCUCUAACAGUUCUCCUUUUUCUCCGAACAAUUCAACAUCAAAUAGCGCUCUCCCUAUUCCUCGUAGUCCUGGAAGGACAGAUAAUCCCCCGAGCCCUGGUUCACGGUGGAAGAAGGGGAGGUUCAUUGGCCAUGGCACAUUUGGCCAUGUUUAUGUUGGCUUUAAUAGUGAGAGUGGCGAAAUGUGUGCAAUGAAGGAGGUUACCCUCUUCUUGGAUGAUGCUAAGUCAAGAGAAAGUGCGAAGCAAUUGGGACAGGAAAUAUCUCUCUUGAGUCGGUUGCGGCAUCAGAAUAUAGUGCAGUAUUACGGAUCUGAGAUGAUAGAUGACAAGUUAUAUAUAUACUUGGAGUACGUCUCUGGUGGUUCCAUCCAUAGACUUCUCCAAGAAUAUGGCCAAUUUGGAGAGCCAGUACUUCGUAGCUAUACUCAACAGAUCCUUUCUGGCUUAGCUUAUUUGCAUGGAAAGAACACCGUUCAUAGAGAUAUUAAAGGUGCAAACUUACUGGUUGACCCCAAUGGUCGAGUUAAGCUGGCAGAUUUUGGGAUGGCGAAACAUAUUAGUGGACAAUCAUGUCCCUUAUCGUUCAAGGGAAGCCCAUAUUGGAUGGCACCUGAGGUUAUCAAAAAUACAAAUGGCUGCAGUCUUGCUGUUGAUAUUUGGAGCUUGGGGUGCACGGUUCUGGAAAUGGCCACUUCAAAACCACCAUGGAGCCAGUAUGAAGGGAUUGCAGCUAUGUUCAAGAUAGGAAACAGCAAGGAGCUUCCAGCAAUCCCUGAUCAUCUGUCGGGGGAAUGCAAAGAUUUUGUCAGGCAGUGUCUUCAGCGUGAACCGUCUAAACGCCCUACAGCAGCAGAGCUUUUGCAGCAUCCUUUUGUCAAAAAUGCAGCUCUGCCUGAUAAAUCUAUUGCUGCUCCUGAUCCUUUAGAACGGAUUCCUGGUGUAUCCAAUGGGCCAAUCCUCACGGGUAUCGGGCAUGCAAGAAAUCUUUCUUCCUUGGGUAUGGAAGGAUUGACAAUCCAACAGAGAAGAGGUGCUAAAGCGGCGGCAUUUUCGUGUGAGAUUCACAUACAGAAGAACAUAUCCUGUCCCGUCUCUCCCAUUGGAAGCCCUCUUCUGAAGUCAAGGUCUCCACAAAAUAUGAAUGGAAGGAUGUCCCCUUCUCCCAUCUCAAGCCCUAGAACUACGUCAGGUGCUUCCACACCUUUGACCGGUGGGAAUGGAGCUAUCCCAUUUAAUCAUCAAAAGCAUUCAUCGUACCUUAGCGAUGGCUUCACAACUCCAUCAACAAGGUCACCUAAUGAUCUCUAUCCCGGUGGGUCCCAGUCUCACGAUCCAGAGCUCGAUCUUUUCCUUGGGGUGACGCAAGGCUCACCCCUUCCUCAAUUUGGGAAGUUGGGGCAUGGAAAUGUGUGGGACUCAUAUGACAGGCAGUCGUUUGCUGAUAAUGCCCCUCGUCAAUUCGUGAGAGAACACGGGAGGCUAAACCCCUCCCUGGAUCUUAGACCCGGUUCUCCAAAACGUGGUAUUUAAAUUUGCAAAUUUGUAUCAUACUGCCCGAAGACGAUUCUAAUAUAAUUUUUUGAAAAUUGGAGGAUGCGAUUAAAGGAAAAUUGUCAUCUGCAUCGAGUUCAUUUUGUAGUCUUAUACUCGAUGAUUAACUGCGGAAUAUGCAUCUCUAUAAUCUUGUGCUGCGAAAGGAACGCACCAGUUACUGUCGGCAGGUGAACUGUAUAUUGUAACUUCCCAUGUUCCUGAAGGGCUGGAAAAUCAAAGGUUUGUACCUCUAUGCUCCUCUUUUCUCUAUUUUAUCCUUAAAUGGGAGGCCGUUGUAUAGAAGACGGGGGAUCUCAAUCGAAGCGUCCACAUUUUGCACAGGAGGAGACAAUUUGAGCCUUUCAAUGCCUGUUUAGUUAUAUGAUACUUUUUCUUCUCAUGCUGCAAACUGCAUUUGUCCUAUGGCCAUCUGUACACUAGAACUCUCUAACUUAAUGGCGCUUUUUGUAUCAAUAGACACGCUUGCGGAAAUUUAUUCCAAGGCCCUGAUAUUCUUUGUUUAUAUCAUUAA